GCGGGCCCGGUGCAGCCCCCCGUGGUCAGUCCGCGCUGCUCCGGUUCCUCCCCGGCUGUCAUCGAGGAGCGACCGCGCCUGUGGACCAGAGGAUCCCGGAGGAUCCCGGCGAACAGAAAGAGAUGGUCUCAUCCAUGAAGCGCUCCCAGCAGUCACAGUGACGAGGAGAACAUGACUCAGAGAAAUGGAACCGGAGGGAAGAGCGAUCACCUCCUCCACCCGGAGGCUGACGGUGCGUGUGCGAAGGCCAAAGGCCCGGAGGACGAGAAGGUCCAGGAGGCCUGGUACUGUGAGUCCGAGGCGGGGGGGCUUGGAGGAGAGCUCAGGCCCUCUGUGGCUGUGACGGGGGAGGUCAUAGCUCCAGAUGGCGGCUGGGGCUGGGUGGUGCUGGUUGCCACCAUCAUGGUCCUGGCUCUGACCCUGGGCUUCCCCACCUGUGUGGGGAUCUUCUACACUGACCUGCAGAACGAUUUCCACGCCACCAACAGCGAGACGUCCUGGGUGCCCUCCAUCAUGACGUCAGUGCUUCAUGCAGGAGGUCCCUUCUGUAGCGUACUGGUGGACAGACUGGGAUGCCGAGCCACCGUCAUGCUGGGCGGAGUCCUGAGUGGGCUCGGGAUCGCCGCCAGCUCGUUCACCCAGUCCAUCGGCGAGCUCUACCUCACAGCCGGGGUCAUCACAGGACUUGGUUUCUGCUUCAGCUUCCAACCAGCUGUGACCAUCCUGGGACACUACUUCGUGCGCCGUCGUGCGUUUGCCAACGCCCUGUCCUCCACGGGCACGGCCCUGGGCAUGUGCACUCUGCCCCUGCUGGGUAACUACCUCCACUCGGAGCUGGGCUGGAGAGGAAGCUUCCUGGUGCUGGGGGCCGUCCUGCUCAACUGCUGCGUGUGCGGAGCGGUGAUGAGGCCCCUGCAGCCGCCCACGCGCCAGGGCCCCCCCCUGAUGAGCCAGGGACCCCCUCCACCAGAGGAGGACAAUGUGAAGAAGGACUCUGGGUGGAUCAGGACAAUAUGGACCUACCUGCUGGCUGCCGUGAACAAACACAUGGCGUUUGGUCAGUUAUUCAACAACCCGCGUUACCGUGCGUACGCCAUCGGCAUCACGUGGAUGAUGCUGGGGUUCGUGGUGCCGCUGGUGUACCUGGUUCCCUACGCCACAGCAAACAACAUAGAGCCGAGCCGGGCCGCGCUGCUGCUCACCAUCAUGGGCGUCGUCAACAUCGUGGUGCGCCCGCCCUUUGGCGUCGUGGUCAACAUGCCCUGGUUCAAAGGGCGCCACAUUUAUGUGUUCGCCUCGGCUCUGCUGGUCAACGGGCUCAGUAACAGUAUCUGCUGCAUCGGGCCCAGCUUCACCGUGCUGCUGUGGUUCGUGGUGGUCUACGGCCUGUCCAUGAGCGUGGUGGGCUCCCUCAUGUUCACCGUGCUCAUGGACACCGUGGAGAUGAGCUGCUUCCCCUCGGCGCUCGGCCUGCUCGCCAUCAUGGAGAGCGUCACGCUGCUCAUCGGGCCGCCACUGGCAGGAAUCCUGAUUGACAGAACGGGCGAGUACUACCACGUCUUCUUCACCUGCAGCGCCGUGGUGUCCUCGGCCGCCGUGUUCCUCAUGGUGUCGUUCUACUGGCUGGACAAGAAGGAGAAGAACGAGCCCAAGCCCAGUCAGCCGCCCCCCCCGCCCGACCCCCCGAGGCCUGCAGGGGACGUAGCUCCUCGCUGUCAGUACAGCAGCGUGCCCACAGAGGGCUGA